GUCAAGGGCCUCCUGGAUAUUGUGGCACUGUGGGUAAGGCAAGUCAGAUGGGGGAGGGGGGCACCUCGCCAUGUCAUUACCCAGAAUCCCCCAAACUGGUGCCUUCCAGAGACGUUGGACUAUACUCUCCAUCAUUCCCACCCAGUACUGUUUCCCUGCUGUCAGCACAGGAAUAUCCCUGGUGCUCUCCUCCCUCCUGUCCCUCCUGCUCUUCACCGGCAUGCAGAUGUACAGCCGCCAACUUGCCUCCAGCGAAUGGCUCACCAUCCAGGGUGGCCUCUUGGGGUCAGCCCUGUUCAUUUUUUCCUUAACCGCCUUCAACAACCUCGAAAACCUGAUUUUCGGCAAAGGGUUCCAAGCGAAGGUCUUUCCUGAAAUUAUUUCCUGUCUCCUGUUAGCCCUUUUUGCAUCAGGACUGAUUCAUCGAGUCUGUGUCACCACUUGCUUAAUCUUCUCCAUGGUCGCCCUCUACUACAUUCACAAGAUCUCCUCCACGCUCUACCAAAUGGCCACGCCCGUCCCCGUGCCAGCGAAGAUGGUCAGCAAAAGCCGGAAGAGGAAUUGACAACGGAAAACCCCCCUAACCUCUCCGAUUUCCAAGGGGUGGAAAAAUGCCAUUUCUUGCUUAAUGAAAUUCAAUAAAUCUCUCAGUUUUUUUAGCAAAA